UUGGUUGUGUAAUUUCAAAGUGAUCAAGAUGGAAAAGGUGAAGGAAGUUGUGGCACAGAGCCCCGUUGUAAUAUUCAGCAAGACCGGCUGCUGCAUGUCGCAUACGAUUAUGAUCCUGAUACGCGGGUUUGGGGCGAACCCUGCUGUGUACGAGCUUGAUCGUCUCCCGAAUGGAGGGGAGAUGGAGAAGGCAUUGAUUGGAUUGGGGUGUAACCCUAGCGUCCCGGCCGUGUUCGUUGGGAGGAAUUUUAUGGGUGGGUCCCAUGAGGUUAUGACCCUCAAUAUCCAAGGAAAGCUCAAGCCUUUGCUAAUCAAGGCCAAUGCUAUUUGGGUGUAAUUGUCUAACUACACAAA